GGUUGCUGAAGACAAGGGUCCUCCUUCCAGGAGGUGUCGUUAAUGGCCGAAUCAUAAGUCCUGUAUCCCUGUUUAAACAUUUACUACUCUUUGGAAUCUUUCUCUUUCUCUUUCUUAUCUUCACAAAGUCACACUUGGCCAUGGGUAUGGAGUGUCAGUUUCCUUUCACGUGCUCUCUCCUCCACGAAACCUUCGAUUUCCCCUCUUCUCUCCAUUAUUAUUUCUUCUCUAAUCACUCCCACCCACACUCCACAUAGACAGCCAUGCAUCUCCUUCUUUCCAACCACUCAUGACCUCAAACCACUCUCCAAUGGCUGCUCUACUCAAAUCCACCAGAUAUUCAUGCGCUAUUUGCAUAAUCAUUCUCGGAUUGCUGUGUAUGAAAGGUGAUUGCGAUGGUUCACAUCUUUUUAUCAAGUUACUGAACACGCCUGAACCAAUCUCCAAUCUUAACUCGCCUACAUUUGCUUUCCAAGUUGGUAAUGCCGACUCUUCUUCUUGCUCCAAUUGUACCUCCAGCUGCAAGCUCGAUGAUCUUCCGUCAUCGAAUUGUUCAUCGGGAGAAGUUUCUUACACUAAAUUACAAGACGGAAACCAUACAUUCGAGGUGUGCAGCAACAACGGAUCUAAUCAGCUUCGUUGUGCUUCCUAUAACUGGACAAUCGAUACUGUUCCCCCAACGGCAUCUGUUGCAGCAGCAUCAUCAUUCACAAACGCUUGGAACGCUACCGUGUAUAUAUCCUUCUCUGAACCCUGCGGCGGCGUUGGUGGUGGUUUUAGAUGUUUGUCCGCCAAUGAGUGCAGCCUUAUUGUUUAUGGUGCUGGGCAAGUCAUUCCAAAGACGCUAAAAACCAUCAAGCCGAAUCUCAAAUAUUCCAUUUUAGUAAAUUUGUCUCCAAUCGUUGAAUAUGGAAGAGUCGUGUUAGUAACUGAUAAAGGUUUCUGUACAGAUGCAGCCGGAAACCAGUUUACACGAACAGCUAAUUCCAGUUUCUUUCUUCAUUUUGAUAGAAGAAGUGUAUAUGUUGACAUGAGGACUCAUAUACCCGAGCAACUACUUCAACUCGAUAACAGUGUUAGAUCUGUUCAAGCAACUAACAAACAAAAAAACUUGAAGUUAUUUCUAUAUUUCACUGAGCCUAUAGUCAACACAUCAACACAAGUAUUGAAAUCUCUUCAAAUUAGUGAAGGAUCUCUUGUUUCAGCCACUGGGAAUAAUGACAGCCUUGGAAACAGAAGAUUUGGGUUUCAACUUGUAAAUAUUUCCGAUAUUGCCAUUGUCACUGCAAGACUGGAUUCGAGAUUAGUUUUCAGCAGACAAGGCACCCCGGUUUCUCCCAUUGCACCGGUUACUUUUCUUUUUGAUUCUCAAAGGCCUCAUGUGAGGUUAAGCACCACGAGUCAUAUGAGGACACGACAAGAGCAUAUUCCGGUGACCAUAAAGUUUAUGAAACCGGUUUUCAGUUUUAAUUCGUCUCACUUGUCUAUUUCUGGAGGAGUGAUGCAAGGAUUUCGAGAAAUAAGUAAGAGUGUUUACUCACUCGAGAUUCAACCAGUUGAAGACAUGGUGUUGGUGCAAGUUCCUGAAAAUGUUACUACAGAUGUAGCCGGAAACAAAAAUCUAGCAUCAAAUACGUUACAAUUAUUACACUAUUCUAUACCUUGUGCAUCCUUGGCGCUUUCUUGCACGGCAACGGCUGUUUUUGUGUUGACUGCCGUGGUUGCAACCGUUCUCACCAUUUGCACCGCUUCCCUCCAAAAUUACGGAGCAUUUGCAACUCCGUCUCCUUUAUUAACUUCAAGUCCAGCGAGAAUUCUUUUUCGAAUUGUGUGCCACAUUCAAGUGUUUGCGUUAUCUGGAUGGCUAGCUGUUCCUUUGCCAAUUGAGUAUAGUGAAUUUGUGAAGGGUCUAAGAUGGAGUAUACCCUACUUCAGGCUCCCAUGGGAAACUGAAUACGUUCAGCCAGUUUGGCCUACAAAUCCACAUUCAUAUAAUCCUACAACCUACAAUUCGGCAUCUCAAAGUAUGCAACUUAAAGCCAUGACUGGAGAAAAACCCGACUCAGUAUACGGAUUGCCACUCACCGCAAUGGAGUAUAAGUCAUUUUUUGAGAGCCAAAAUGAGAUACCUGAGGCUGAUUACAUUAUGGAUCCCAAUGAUUCCAAUGGGUGGAGGGAUUUCAAUCGGAGCAUGUUUUGGCUAGCGAUCAUCAGUGGAGGCUUGAUUAUUCUGCAUAUACUGAUCCUUCUUUUACUAAAACUUAGAAAGAAGAAAGAAAAAGAAAACAAUUACAUCUCAAUCGUUUUCCCAAGAUUUGAAAUCUUUCUAGUCAUUCUUGCAGUCCCUUGUGUUUCUGCAGCUUCAGCAGCUCUACUCAAAGGUGGAUCAGCUUCAGGGAUUUCAGUGGGCGUUCUUCUAUUAGGAUCCGUGUUUUUCCUAAUACUGGCAUUGUUUCUGUUCCUUUCUGCGGGAAUAUCAUUCGGGAAGCUACUUCAAUACAAAGAAGUUCAUCAAGAAGAUCAAGAUAUCCAUUGGUAUCAAUCACUAGUGAAGGUAACUUUGGGUCCUGGAAAAAGAGGCCAAUGGACAUGGAUCAACACAUCAAAUUCCAAAUGGCUAUCAAUUUUAGGCCCUCUUUUCGAAGAUCUAAGAGGUCCACCCAAAUACAUGCUCUCUCAAAUCACCGGAGGAGUGGAUUAUCGCACAACCGGAGGCAGUAUCAUCGCAUCAGACGAUGAAAACGAAGACGCAGAAGCACCGUUUGUCCAAAAGGUAUUUGGAAUACUAAGAAUCUAUUACAUUUUCCUCGAAUCGAUUAAACGAGUUACUUUAGGAAUCCUUGUGGGUACCUUUUCGAGAGGAGGAUACUCUGAAACACCGACGAAAACGUUGAUAUGUGUCACUUCGUUUCAAUUGUUCUUCAUGGUCCUCAAGAAGCCGUUCAUUAAGAAGAAGGUUCAAUUGGUGGAGAUAAUUUCCGUUUCGAGUCAACUUGCGAUUUUUGCGAUCUGUUUGGUUCUUUUGAGGAAUGAUUUUUCUACACACGAACAGAUGAAGAUCGGGAUCGCCAUGCUUUGCUUGUUCUUGUUCGCUUUCGUGGCGCAGAUUCUGAACGAAUGGAACGCUUUGAUCUGUCAGUUAAAACAGCUUGAUCCCGAUAACAAAUCUCUCUAUCUAGGUUUGAAAAUAGCAUCGUGGGGGAUUCUUCUGCUUUUUGUACCGAUUAAGUUUAUGAAAAACAUCGAGAGCCGAUUCCCGUUGAAAUCGCAGGCGGCGGUGGCAGGGGUGUCGGUUGCGAGGUUUAGAAGCUCCUCCGGUACACCGGAUCGGCCAUGGAUGAAGCAACUGAGAGAUUUGGCGAAGUCUAGUUUUAGUAGAGAAGGGAGCAGUGGAACACCGCAGACGGAUCCUUCGUGUAGUCGACCAAAAUGGAGUGGAUUUUGGAGUGGGAAGAGAAGUGGGAGUUCUUCACAGGCUACAUCCAUGGAUUCGAAAUCGAAACCAAAAGGGAUGUAUAAAGAUUUUGAAGCCAUUUUUGGUUCCAAGUGAGUGAUUUUAUGCAUCAUUCAUAAGCUUAAUUAGUCUGUAAAUACGAUUUAAUGAUGGAAAGAGAAUUUGAUGAGCAUGUUGAAAAUA